UAAAAUAGUUUUCAAAGUUUCAACAUCUUUUCAUCUCAGAAAAAUCAAACUAAUUAAAAAAACAUAAUAAUAACUCGGUUUAAAAACUUUUUGAUACUUAUUAUAUUUUUCUCUUUCCGUUUUUUUCCGCCAAUUUCUCAUCAUUUAUCUCGUGUUUUAAAUUCACUCAAAAAGCAAUCUCUCACCUUCAAUUUCUACGCAGUAACCUUCUCCUUCACUCUCCACCUCCACGUAUAUAAUAACUUCGACCUGUCAACAACAUUUCAUAAGUCUCUUCUUCCAAAACCCAAAGUCCAACAGGCCUUCGAAGGAAAACUCAAGAAGAACUUAAAAGUCUCUUACCAUACAUAACCAUGUAUCGAGUAUGGAAAAAACCGAAAUCUGGUCGGCUCUCGAGAUUCAUGUCGGAAUUUCAACAAUCUCCUAAACGCGGCGGUUCUUUGGUCGUCCAAACUGGCUUCCCAGCUUUUCUUAUCGACCUCUUCGUUAAAAACCGCGAUCGCCUAAAGAAAUCAUCCUCUAAAACUAAACGCAUCCAAUGCCAGAUUCAGACCGCUCCAAACGCUUCUUUGCCAGUUAAUAAAGACGCGAGACUAGAAAAGCCCGUGGCGAGGAAAUCCGUUCGGAGUAAGAUCGAAAACGUUAAUCUCGGAUUAACGGCAGAGAAGGAUAAACCCACAAGUCACAAAAGCGGUUGCUUUUGCAGCGGUGGAAACGUUGCGUUUAUGUUGAUGGCGUUUAGGGUACUUAUAGUAGUCGUGCUCACAUUGAACACGAAGAAGAAGCUCACCAUUGGAAUCACUCUCACCGCCUUCGCGCUUCUCUUAGCAGAGCUCGUGGCAGCGCGUGUUGUCACACGUUUCAAGCACUGCAACACCGACGCACCGAGACAAAAGCCACUCGCUUCGACACACGUCGAAAACGUUAUUUUAUGCGAAAAGGUUGAAACUUUUGAUGAUUCUAAGGAUGAAACAGAGCUUAUAGCUGUAACAGAAAACUCGAGUUCGAAAGAUUUAAGGGUUCGUGAGCUCUUGUUAAAGGAUGAGAAGUCGUCAAGUAAAAGUUCGAAACUCAAAUCGAAGAUCAUGAAGAAGUUGAGGAGUUACAGUAAGAAAAAGAAGAAAACGACUGUGAUCAAAGAAGAAGAGACUUUGAGUGAUGUCUCAAGCUUGGUUUCAAAGAAUAAAUCAGAUAUAAUCGAGUCUGCGAGAGACGAAGAAAAGUCGUGUCCACCAUUGAUAGAAUCAAAAGGAGAUAGCAUGAAUGGGAUUGUUGUGAUCGUGAUUGUUCUUACUGGUCUGUUAAGUGGAAAGAUUGUAGCUAUCGGUCUGACACUAUCCUGUCUGUAUCUCAGAUUAGGAACAGCCAAAAAUAUCUGAUUACUGAUCAGUGGUGGUUAAUGUACAUUUUUCUUACUUAUGAUUUAGAUAUUUGUCCAUGAUUUUUUGGGUUCACGUUUAAUAGUUGGAAUAAUACUUUUCCUUAUGAAUCAA